UGAAAGAGGGAGAGCUCAUCUUCACACAGUUUUAGGGUAGAUUUUAUUUUUUCAAAGCUUUCCGUAUCUUUUUUUGCCUUGAUCCAUUAGCUUCCCGCCGAGAUCGGAAGGAGUCUUUCUUCCGAUUAUGAAUUUGAUCAAUCCACAUUUGGAAGGAAACCUAAACAGUUUUGACAAGAGCUGAAAAUUGAGUCGUCAGAGAAAUAUUAGGACAUAUUUUCAAUCAUUUUGGUGCCGAAGGGGAAGCAAGAGCUCAGUUUUAUAUUGAGACAUGACGCCGGUUGAAGGCUGAGAAUGUUUUCCCCUGCCAGGACCUGAUGCAAUCCAUUCAAGCCAACAAGUUUGGAGAGAAUGUUGAGUUCAAUCAAUUCAGAACGUCGAGAUGGAGCCCAACUCACUCCAGUGGGUCGGCUCACCGUGUGGCUUACACGGACCUUACAUUUUCUACAAGGCUUUUCAAUUCCACCUUGAAGGCAAACCAAGAAUUUUGUCCCUUGGCGACUUUUUCUUUGUAAGAUGUACGCCAAAGGAUCCGAUUUGCAUAGCGGAGCUCCAGCUGUUGUGGGAAGAGAGGACCAGCCGGCAACUUUUAUCCAGCUCUAAACUUUAUUUCCUCCCAGAAGACACUCCCCAGGGCAGAAAUAGCGACCAUGGCGAGGAUGAAGUCAUUGCUGUUUCCGAAAAGGUAAUUGUGAAGCUUGAAGACCUGGUCAAAUGGGCACAUUCUGAUUUCUCCAAGUGGAGAUGUGGCUUCCAAGCUAGGUCAGUGAAAGCUGAGUUCCUGGGAAGGAAUGGACAGAAGGAGGCCUUGCUGAAGUACAGGCAGUCAACUCUAAACAGUGGACUCAACUUCAAAGAUGUCCUCAAGGAAAAGGCUGACCUAGGGGAGGACGAGGAAGAAACGAAUGUAAUAGUUCUCAGCUAUCCUCAGUACUGCCGGUACCGCUCCAUGUUAAAACGCAUCCAGGAUAAGCCAUCUUCUAUUCUAACAGACCAAUUCGCAUUGGCCCUGGGGGGCAUUGCAGUGAUCAGCAAGAACCCUCAGAUCCUGUACUGCCGGGACACAUUUGACCAUCCGACUCUCAUAGAAAAUGAGAGCAUAUGCGACGAGUUUGCGCCAAACCUUAAAGGCAGACCACGCAAAAAGAAAUCAUGCCCACAGAGAAGAGAUUCAUUCAGUGGUGUUAAAGACUCCAACAAUAAUUCUGAUGGCAAAGCUGUUGCCAAGGUAAAAUGUGAAGCCAGGUCAGCCUUGACCAAGCCGAAGAAUAAUCACAAUAACUGUAAAAAAGUCUCAAAUGAAGAAAAACCAAAGGUCACCAUUGGUGAAGAAUGCAGGGCCGAUGAGCAGGCCUUCCUGGUGGCACUUUAUAAGUACAUGAAGGAAAGGCAAACACCAAUAGAACGAAUACCCUAUCUAGGUUUUAAACAGAUUAACCUUUGGACUAUGUUUCAAGCUGCUCAAAAACUGGGAGGAUAUGAAACAAUAACAGCCCGCCGUCAAUGGAAACAUAUUUAUGAUGAAUUAGGUGGUAAUCCAGGGAGCACCAGUGCUGCCACUUGCACCCGCAGACAUUAUGAAAGAUUAAUCCUGCCCUAUGAAAGGUUCAUUAAAGGAGAGGAAGAUAAGCCCUUGCCUCCUAUCAAACCUCGGAAACAAGAGAACAGUCCGCAAGAAAAUGAAAAUAGAACAAAGGUGUCAGGAACCAAACGUGUCAAACAUGAAAUCCCUAAGAACAAGAAAGAAAAAGAAAAUGCCCCAAAGGCCCAGGACAUAUCAGAGGUUCCAUCAGAACAAGAGAAGGAACAAGAAACUUUAAACCAAAAAAGUAUCACUGAACCUCUCCCAGCAGCAGACUUGAAGAAAAAAAUGGAAGGGUACCAGGAUUUUGCAACAAGGCCCCUACCAUCAAGAGCAGACCCAGAGAAGGACAAUGAAACAGACCAAGGUGCCAAUAGUAACAAGGUCACUGAGGAGGCUGGAGAGAAGAGACCUGCCCCAUCACUCCCCAGUCCUCCUCCAGCCCCAGAGGGAGAGCCAGCCCUGACCCCUGGAGCUGCCAAACAGCCAAUCACCUCUCCUAGUACACUUGCUGACACCAAACAAGAAUCCAAGACCUGCAGUUUUACAGAGACCUCUGAAAGUGAACUCCAAGAUGCUUCCUUCCCAGGUUUCCCUGCCACACAGCCACUGCUGGCAAACCAGAGUGAGGGGGAGGAUGACAAGCUCCCUGCGAUGGCAGAUUACAUCGCCAACUGCACUGUGAAGGUCGACCAGCUGGGCAGUGAGGACAUCCACACUGCCCUCAAGCAGACCCCAAAGGUCCUUGUGGUGCAGUCGUUUGACAUGUUCAAAGACAAAGACCUGACUGGGCCCAUGAAUGAGAACCAUGGACUUAAUUAUACCCCUCUGCUGUACUCAAGGGGAAACCCAGGCAUCAUGUCGCCACUGGCCAAGAAAAAACUUUUGUCCCAAGUGAGUGGGGCCAGCCUUUCCAGCAGCUAUCCCUACGGCUCUCCACCCCCUUUGAUCAGCAAAAAGAAGCUGAUGGCGAGGGAUGAUUUGUGUUCAAGUUUGUCCCAGACCCACCAUGGCCAGGGCACUGAUCACAUGGCAGUGAGCCGGCCCUCCGUGAUACAGCACGUCCAGAGUUUCAGAAGCAAGCCGACGGAGGAGAGGAAGAGCAUCAAUGACAUCUUUAGACAUGACAAACUGAGCCGAUCAGAUACCCACCGGUGCAGCUUCUCCAAGCAUCACCUCAGCUCACUCGCUGACUCCUAUGUCCUGAAGCAAGAAAUUCAGGAUGGUAAGGAGAAAAGGUCACUCCCACACUCCCAAAUGCCAAGCUUCUUAGCAGACUUCUACUCAUCCCCUCAUCUCCACAACCUCUAUAGACACACAGAACACCAUCUCCACGGCGAACAGACAUCCAAGCACCCUUGCAGGGACAUGUACAGGGAAUUAGAAAACAAUUCUUACCCUUCCCACAAACACCAAGAGAAGCUCCAUGUAAAUUAUCUCACUUCUCUACGCCUGCAAGACAAAAAAUCAGCCGCUGCAGAAACUCCCACAGAAGAUCAGCCCACUGAUCUGAGCCUUCCCAAGAACCCACACAAACCCACCGGCAAGGUCGUAGGCCUGGCUCACUCGGCACCAGGACCGCAGGAGAGCAAAGGCAUAUCCCAGUUUCAGGUUGUGAGUAGCCAUAGUCGAGACUGUCACCCCAAAGCCUGUCGAGUAUCUCCUAUGACCAUGUCAGGCCCCAAAAAAUACCCGGAAUCACUUUCCAGAUCGGGGAAACCUCAUCACGUGAGACUGGAGAAUUUCAGGAAGAUGGAAGGCAUGGUCCACCCAAUUCUGCACCGGAAAAUGAGCCCUCAGAACAUUGGGGCAGCCCGUCCUAUAAAGCGCAGUUUGGAGGAUUUGGACCUUGUAAUUGCUGGGAAAAAGGCCCGAGCGGUGUCUCCCCUGGACCCCUCCAAGGAGAUCUCUGGGAAGGAGAAGGGCUCUGAGCAGGAGAGUGAAAGCAACAAGGCAGCACACAGUGGACACUCGGGGAGCAGCUCGGAAGGCCACAAGCUUCCUCUCUCUUCCCCUAUCUUCCCAGGUUUGUAUUCUGGGAGCCUGUGUAACUCUAGCCUCAACUCCAGGCUCCCUGCUGGGUAUUCUCAUUCUCUGCAGUACUUGAAAAACCAGACUGUGCUCUCCCCACUCAUGCAGCCUCUGGCUUUCCACUCACUUGUGAUGCAAAGAGGAAUAUUUACAUCUCCGUCAAAUUCUCAGCCCUUAUACAGACACUUGGCUGCGGCCACACCUGUAGGGAGUUCCUAUGGGGACCUUUUGCACAACAGCAUCUACCCUUUAGCUGCUAUAAAUCCUCAAGCUGCCUUUCCAUCUUCCCAGCUGUCGUCCGUUCAUCCCAGUACGAAACUGUAGGCCCAGCUCUGCCCAGCGUCCCAGGUGGCUUAGCCCACAGAGGCUCACUCCUUGUGCUGUAGUGAUGGCAUAGAGAAUUAGAAGUCAGUUUCUUCUAAUCUGGGAGUAAGACUGGUCCUGAAGAGGCUGAGAGCAAUGGCCAUCACACUUGAUUUUUCUGGGAUGACUGAAACCUUGGCUGGUCAGUCUUGAGUCCCUUCCAACAGAGUUGCCCUGGUACCCAGAUGAUUCAUUUUUGCACCGGGGACUUGGGAAAGGGGAUUUGUGUGUAUUCAGGAAGAAUUUAAGAGGACCUCAUUUGAGUUCGGAUGGUCACAAAACAAUCUGGGGGAAAAAAAAAAGGGCACAGGCAUUUCAAAGGAAGGGCAAAGAAGACUGGCAAAUAUAUGCCAAAGGAAGCCCUCUUUUCAUAAAACUCUCCAAGGUUCAAUCAAUGCAAUGUAUAGUGAAACACCAAUAGAUCUUUCAUUCUGACACUAUUCAACAAUCCAGAGAAGUAAACACUGUUAAAUUAACUGUAUAUAUUUGCUUCUUAAAACUACCUGUAUCACUGUUUGCUCACCUAAUUUAUACACAGGUAGUUCCAUUCUUCUCCCAGUUCUUUCUUGUCUUUUUUUUAAUUAAACAGUAUCGCCUUGUUUGCAGCUUGUUUUAUUAUUUUUGUUUUGUUUUGUUUUGUUCUGUUUUAAAGGCUGACUGACUGUCCUAGUUGAUGUGUGUUUGUAAUUUUUCCACAUCUUAUCGUUUCGAGCAGCUUUGGGUGGUAAAGUUAUUGUUUACAAAUUGAAGCAACUGAUUCUAGUGGAACAAAUGAAAAAAGAAACAGUUGAGCAUACAGUAGUGCAAAGAACGUUCCUUUGCAGAUUCGCAACUUAAGGAUUUUGUUCCUGAUAAAUGGCAUAGUUGAAAGAGCUUAUACACUGCUUACCCGGCCAAAUGCUUUGCUUUUAAGUAUCAAGCAUUGUGCUCACCUUAUCUAGGCUAUGAAACUGUCCUACAUACCAGAGGAAUCAUAAAAGCAAAACAAGCAAAAAAAAAAAUCAUAAAUAACCUUACUGGCAGCAAACUUCUGAAUAACAACAGAGUCUAGAGGACAUAUUUGUGGGCUGCACAGAUAUUUUAGGAAUUUCAGAAAUUAGAACAGAAGCCAAAAUGAUUUGCGUUGGUGUUGGCACUGAUCCCUUUAAACAGUCUGGGAAAGGGGGCUGGAAAGAGGAUGGAGCCCAGCUAUCCAGAAACAAAUGAACAGCUGGUGACCCGAGCACCAGAUAUCUUCCAUAGUCUGUGGUCUUUUGAGUAAGGUAGACAUUUUGCCUUCAUCGAGUUGGCUUCUUGUGGUCCCUAAGAAGAACUUCACUGCUACAUCUUUGGGGGAAUGAUUGGCAUGCUGGAUUACCCAUUUUAAAAGAAAAGUCAUCCUCUUUGUGUUUACGGGACAUGAGUUGUGUGUGCGCAUGCACACAGAGUGGUUUGUGGUCAUGUUUUUAACCACCCGGCAACAGAGUCCACUUGAUGAUUUCCUUUGUUGUUGGAGAGAAGUGAUCCAGCUGUCCAAGCAGUUGGAAGAUGUAUAUUGUCAUUCUUGCCGUUUUUGUUGCAUUUGCUGCGUAUAUGUAACUUCAAGGUGGGUGCAUUUUUUUAAGUGUGAAAAGUCAAUCAAUACAGAGAGUGGAUUUUCUUUCCAAGGCCCAUCCCUGCUCUCAUUGCGUUGAUGAACUCCCCAGCCAGCCCCCCUGCCCCAGUAUUAUUAGUAGACAUUAGAAUGAUAGUUAACCAAGCCUAUUACCUCUGAGAUAUUUAAUUCUAUGAAAAUUAAUGACAAUUUUCAACUUCUAAAUAGGUAACUCAACUGCAAAAUAAUCCAACCCAGUAACAAUGCAACUGCGGCUCUUAAACAAAGCCAUGCAUGCUGUGCAUCUGUAUUGAAAUGUCUCCAUGAUAUGAAGCCAAAUAUUCAAUGUAACAUACUUAAUAUCCAAAGGUGGAAACAAAAGAAUGUAGAGAUCUAGUGUUAAGAGUUCCAUUUGCUUCAAUUAAUUAUUUACCUUCCUGUGGAAUAAUAUAUACGUAUAUAUUUAAUAGAACCAUAGAUAGACUAGUAGAAUUUAGAUGAUUAAUGUGUGACUGCAGAUUACCCUGUGAUUGCACAAGAUGGAGGGGGGAUCUCAAUUCCAGCUGGCAAAAUGCUAGCCAGGACACUUUUAAGAAAGUUGCACUAGACUGAAUGGUGACAGAAUCAGAGGACAUGGAAGGAAAAGGAAACUCCAGUGGCUCCACAGUAGAGAUAGGCUAAAUCAAAAUUUCUGUGAGUUUGUUUCUCAAAGAAAAUGGGGGUCAUCUGUCCCUGGUGGAACUCGCCUAACCAUUUGAAAUCUAGGGCGUUUGUUUUCUCCACUGUAGUGAUUUCAGUCUGGUUUCAUCAUGCUGGAAUUUGAUCACACCAUUUUCAAACAAUGUUAACAUAGUCCAGCUUUUGUUUUUCUCCUCAUUCUUCCUAGAGAAGACUAACUGUUUCUGUCUGAGGAAGCUCAUACCCUUGGUAAAACAUCAGGACAAAUAAAGAGAAAUGGGGGUAUACAUUCCCAACAGAAGCAGUGUGUUGCUUGUUUUAAAACUCUGAACAGAGAUCUUGGAAAUCUUUCAAAAAGACCAUUGAAUUCUUCAUUGGCUGAGAACUACAUUUAAAAAAAAAAAGUCUUAAAUGGGGCUUUGUUUGCAUUGUUUGAAUUCAAGGGGUCUUAUUAUUGAAUGGAAUUGCACAAGCCUUUCUUUGUGCAAUCAAACUAUUGUUAUUGGUAGUUCUUUCUGUAAAGGAAACUGUGGAAUCUAAUUGGCAGUGGAGUCAUAAAUCUAUUUACUGGGUGUGGCUUCCAAGAAAUGUUGCAACUCAAAAUGCACCAAGUUCGUGAUUUACUGGAGAUUCUCAAUAAUAUUUUAAAAGACCUUUCCAUGAAACUUCUGGUUUAACUUUUGGCAACUUGACAUGUUAAAAAAAAAAAAAAAAAAAAAAACGGCCCAGCUGAGUUUCAGAAUUAAGUAUUUCUAGUAAAUGAUUCAAACGUGUAGUAAUUGCCACAGGACUGACUUAUUUAUUGACUAGCUAGAAAAUCUUAAGUUCACUUGUUUAUCAGGGCAUAUACAGAAGGGUUUGUUUAAACUCAAUGUUGACUUUACAACUUUCUGACCUGGUGCAUGAAUUCUCAAGUACUGUAUUUCACUGUGUUGGUGUGUCUGAUGGAAAUUUUGAGGUGAUCCCACAAUAUAUAUAUAUAUAUAUAUAUAUAUAUAUAUAUAUAUAUAUAUAUAUGUUAUGUAGUGUGCCUUCAAAGAGAACCAUUUAUUUCUCUUCACUUGUAGUCCCACAAAGUCACAUUUGGUGGUGGUCAGCCAAGUCCCAUCUGGUCCAGUUUUACUCUUGUCCCAAUUUUUAAAGAUUAAUGGGAACAAGUUUGUCCUGGUGAGACCCACACCAUUGCAAUGAUUAUCUUGAGCACUUAAAUUCCAGUGUUGGCUGUUGAUGUAUUUGAUAUUAUGCUUGUCUCCCCAUGGUUGAAAUAUGUCUGAAAAAUAGCAGCAUAAUCUCUUGGCUGUUUAUACUUUUUUAAACUUUCCUGUAUUGUAAAUAUUGUAUACUUUUGGUGAUUCCAGCUAUGUAACCUCUAUGCUCCGUAAGGUGAUUAUUUGUAUAUAGCAACAUGGCCCAGUGAUAUUAUAUAAUUUCUCAAUGGAGAGGUUAUCGAGUAACCUUUGCAUUAGUUUAAACACUACCAGAAGAAUGCUGAGCCAACUAUAAACACUCAAUUUUGUAUGUUUUCCAAAUUGUACUUAUUACCGCUUUUGAUACUGUAUUACGUGCCAAUAGUUUCCCAAUCACAUAGCAGGCAAGAGAUAUUUUGUACUUUUUGAUCCACUGUAAUAUUUAAUAAAAAAUGUUACUAUCUGUU